AUGCUGGCACUGUGCCGAAGGCGACCUGCUCGACCAGUCACUCGCUUGUCCAAGCGGCGACUCAUGCACAGUACCGGACACAACAUCGUCACCGUGGGCAUUGAAGACAAGUUUUGGAAGUACCUCUCCGAUCUGUACACAACCCUCAUUGACAUCAAGUGGAGGUGGAAUAUCUUGAUCUUCGUUAGUGGGUUCGUUGUCACAUGGCUGCUCUUUGCAUGCAUGUACUACGCCCUGAGCUACCUCCACGGAGACUUCGACGAGCAGAGCGCCGACUUCGUACCCUGCAUCCUUAACGUGAAGACCUUCACCGCCGCCUACCUGUUCUCCAUCGAAACUAUGAUGACCAUUGGCUACGGCAUUCGGGUGCAGACGGAGUCCUGCCCGGGGUUGUAUCUGACUGUGAUGUUGCAGUCUAUUGUUGGGGCAGGGUUGCAGUUUAUGCUGGCAAGCAUUGUCGUAUCCAAAACCAGGAGAGCAAAGCGACGAAGCGAGACGAUUCUGUUCAGCAACCAGGUGUGUAUCUACGAGCAGGACUGCAAGCUGCAUCUGGCCGUGAGGGUGGGCGACAUGCGCAAGGCGGAUAUUGCUGGCGCGCAUGCUCAAGGCUACUUGGUCAAAAAGUACAGAUCACAAGAUGCUUCGUUCCUGUUCGUUCCUAUCCUGGUUAAUUUCAAAGGUGAAAGCGGGCGGGACCUAAUCUUCUUCCCAUGGCCAACUCAGAUUUUACAUUUAGUGGACGAAGAUUCACCCCUGUGGUCAUUGUCCAGGGAUGAGCUUCUUAAAGGUAGAUUUGAACUGAUUGUGGUGAUUGAUGGAGUCAGUGGAGCCACAAGCCGCCCCUUCCAGGCCAGGAAAUCAUACCAUACAUGUGAGAUGAAGUGGGGCCACAGGUUUGAUAACCUUAAUCUGAGCUACGGCUGGGGUGGCAGUUACUUGAUGGACUUAUCAACAUUUGACAACACAGUGCCAACAUCAGCGCCCCUGUGUAGCGCUCGAGACAUCACUCACCUCAGAGAAAUGUACAAGGCCACACAUCCUGAGCCAAGCUUGCCAACCCAGCAUAACUCCACCACCAGUCAUUCCAGUCAGCUACAAAGCACAUCAACCGCAUCUGACAUCCAAGUUUUCUCUGAGGCAGAUAGCAUAUCCGUAGAACCUGGAAACCAUCUAAAUACUCCCGUGACGGUACCGAGAAGCCAAAGGUCAAAGAGUGUGGAAGAGAGAAUCCCACCGCCGCCGAACAUUGAAAGGCAACGAAGAUGCUCCUUGGGAGACAUGAUUCGAGCUUCUCAAGGAGAUAAAGGUGUGAAACAAAGCCAGUAUGUUGACGCAUUGAAUAUCUACAGGCACCGGAGAAGUGUAACUGAUACUUAUCUGGGGGAAGAAAUAACAGAAGAAGGUGAUGAAGUUUACGACAGCAAUCAAGCCAUUUUAUCGGUUGUUUCUCGAAGAUCUGCCGAAAAACGAAUCGACUCAAGGGAUCCUUCAAGCGACGUCGAAGCUCAGUUCAACUGCUCUUCGGUAGAGAGACAGAAAAUAGAACAGAAGAGGAACCAGAAUAUGACACCAUUCAGACAGUUUUGA